GCAUAGCUCAUAGGUAAGCUGAGAGCGCCUUUGGUCUUUAGCAGGCAACCCCCUCUCGCCGCAUUACCUGGGGAAUGCUGUCUUUGGGAACAUUCACAUGGCUAGGUCAGCCAGUGCCGUUCUACAGGAGCUCGCGCCCAGACCCCUACCGUGGAGCCGCAGUCUACGGUAUUGCACUGACAGGCCGGAGUGAGAGUUGUCUAGGGGUGACGAUGACGGGCAAGCAGGGUGAGUGGCGGUUGGCGGUCCGAGCGGUCCGAGCCGAGCCAGCGCGUCGGGGUGCCUGGCCGGCCGGCCUGGCCUCCUUUCUCUCCAGCACCCACACAGCCGACUAUUUAGGGCGGGACGACGACGCGCGCCUCGUCAGUAAACGGGGUGGAGGCGAAGGGAGACGAGCCGAGAGCACAGCGAAGCACGGAGACACGUCGCACCAUGGCAAAGACGAGGCGGCUGAGCUUGGUGAUGGCCUUGACGGCUCUGUCGGCGGCGUGCUGCCUUGGGUCGCCGCUCGCGCCAGAGCUCCCCGUCGAGGCCCCGGCCCGGCAGUCCUUGCAGGACGUGCUCGCCAGUGCGCCCGAGACCUUCCGCGUCGACGUCCAGCAGCUGGACAGCGGUGAGCACGAGCUUGGCGUGCGGGACGAGGUGCGCGUCGGCGAGGCAGGGGCGACAGGCGACGAGAAGCAGCUCUCGCCCGCCACGCAGUCCUUCCUCAGCACCCUGGGCACGGCCCUGGGCCCCAUCGUGGGCGCCAUCGUGGGCCCGCUGCUCAGCAACAUCGGGCAGAACCUGUCCGCGGGGAGUGGAGCGCAGGCCAUCGCGCAGCUGCAGCAGGCCGCCGCGGCCGUCGCGGCGCAGCAGCAAGGGGCGGCAGCUAGCGAGGCGGCGCCCGCCCCCGCCCACGCCGCCACCAGCAGCCCGCCGCCGGCGACCCCUGCAGAGGUGUCCGUGACUCCGCCACCGCCGCCGCCGCGGCCCGCGCGUCCGGGAAGGCCCACAGCGCGCCCCGGCCGCCCUGGAGCACGCCCCUCGCCCGCCGCCACGACCGCGGCGCCGUCUCUGCCGCCCAAGACGUCGGCGCCCCCCAAGCAGUCGUUCGAUGCCUUCGUCCUGGACGUGCCCGGCAGGGGGCCCUUCCUCUUCCUCAUGACGCCCAACGUGACCGCCGCCGAGCAGACCGCCGCCAUCCAGCAGGCACAGCAGCAGGCCGCACAGCUGCUCGCGGUGAACGGCCAGUCGUCGCCCAUCGGGGCGGUGGCGUCACUGAUGGGGACCGUCCCCACGACGCCGAGGCCCCAGGUGACCAAGCCCACGUCGGUCGGCCCGCUGCCCGUGCGCCCCUUCGGCACGACGCCUUCGCCCUUGCCAUCCUACCACUCUCUGAUCGACACCGACGACGACCAGGAUCAGCAGCAGGGCGGCGAGGAGGUCGCUGUGGCAGACACAGAGGGGGAGAACGACCACGAUGUUGUGGAACAUGUUUACCUCGGAGAGGACGCUACCAAAGAGGGCGAUAGUGACUACUCUGCCCAGUCUUUUCUCGAAAGGCUUUUUCCAGAAAUGACCUAACUCCUUCAGUUCAAGUUUUAACACCUUGAGUGUCUCUCUCUUAACAUGUUCAUCUAGUCAAGUGCUGUUUGGAAAUCUCAACAGUAAUUAAUUUAUUUAUUUAUUUCUGUAUUUGAACAUAAUUUAUUCUUGUAUUGAGUAGGGCCUAAGUUUAGCAGAGGUGUUACUUCCUUCUGUAAUACAAAUUUUAAAAAAAAAAUACCUUGAGGUGAAUAAUGUUUAGCAGAUUUUUACAGCUAAAACAAAUCUUUACCCUAUCCUCGAGAAUACCCACAAUUA